CUUCUCUGCACUGGGAGCAGCUCUCACGCUACAGCCCCUGACAGCCUGACAAUGUACGCCUGCUCCAAGUUCGUCUCCAUGCCCUCCUUGGUCAGGAGCACCUCGCAGCUGCUGAGUCAGCCGCUGUCCGCAGUGGUGCUCAAGAGACCCGAGCUGCUGACAGAUGAGCACCUGAGCAGGGUGGCAGCCCCGUGUCCCCUGACCCCACUUCUCCAGAGCCAGAGCCGUAGCUUCCAAACCAGCACCAUCUCAAGGGACAUUGACACAGCAGCCAAGUUCACUGGGGCCGGGGCUGCCACCGUCGGGGUGGCUGGCUCUGGGGCUGGGAUCGGGACUGUAUUUGGGAGCCUCAUCAUUGGUUAUGCCAGGAACCCUUCCCUCUUCUCCUACGCGAUUCUGGGCUUUUCGGAGGCCAUGGGGCUCUUCUGCCUGAUGGUGGCCUUUCUCAUCCUCUACUCCAUGUGA